ACACCCGAAGCAACUCAACAAACUGCUAUUGUUGGUGAUUCCAAAGACAUCCAGGAGUUGCAGAGUACUACUUCGAUCGUAACACCGGAAGAAAAUGAAAUUGCUCAAUGCUCCAAGCGGAACCGUCUUAUUGAAGAUAAGAAAAGUGGCGCAAAUAAAGCUCAUUCAAGUGACUCUGAUGCAUAUGGAAAGGACUCAAAAGAGGGAGCAAUCGCACCCAAAGCAACUCAACAAACUGCUAGUGUCGAUGAUUCCGAAGACAUCCAAGAGUUGCAGAGUACUACAUCGAUCGUAACACCCGAAGAAAAUGAAAUUUCUCCAAGCUCCAAGGGGAACCAUCUUAUUGAAGAUAACAAGCCAGUGCUAUCAGAUCAUGUAAAUGCAGAAGAUUGUAAUGAAGAUAUUCCUGAGAUGAUCACCGCUGAUCCCGCGCCACCAUCGCCUAACAAGACCGUCACAUCUUCGACAGUAAACAUUGAAACGAACAGCGAAAUGAACGAAAAAGAUGAGUCACCAAGGAUCAUUUCUGAAAUAGAGAUCAUCUCGAUUCUGCCACUGCCAAAUGAAGUAAUGGAGAAGGAACCUGCCGUGUACUCCAGGAAGAAAUGGAACACUGGUCAAAACUCUCCCAAAGCAGCCAAAGGGUUUAGAAAGCUGCUUUUCUUCGGAAGAAAAACAAGGAACUCCCAUACUUAAAUUGAUACCACAGCCAUUGUUAAUUCUUGCUAGCUAGCAGCUUUGUGUGUGUGCUUGACAUUCCAUAUUGCUUCUGCUUCAUCUUCUUGGUUCUUUGUGCUAUGCCACUCGGAUUCGGGUUUGAGUGCCAAACACAUAUC